GUUUCAGAGCCAGAAUGUCACAGGAAGGUGAAAUAGGCAGUGAGAUGAAUGAGAAUCUGGAAGAUAUGUCCUGCACUGCAUGGGAAAAAAGUUUAUCAAUAUCUCCUCCUCUAACAGCAAGUUGCAUAAGUGCCCCAUAUGAAGAGGAUGUUGACUUAGGUGUUGGGGAAGUUAAAAAAUGUAUAAAUGACAGUGAUAACAAAGAGGCAAGGAGAAAGAGAUUACAUCACAGAAGAUUUACUGUUCCUGUUGUAACAGCUGACAUGCAGGAGGCUGUGGCUAGUCAGAGUGAAGACGUUAGAAUGGAUAGUAAGGCAGAGAUGUUUGCAGAGACCUUGCAAGUUCCAGUGACUCAGAGGCUCUUACACUUGAAGUAUGAUGAACUGUCAUAUGCAGACACUGAAUCUGAGUCCAUUGUUGAUGCUAGUCUCAUGUCAGGAUCAGAUAGUCAGUCCGCAUCUUUGAGACCCACUAAAAUGAAGAAGAAAUUGAAGAAGUUCAAGAGCAUGAAACUUAAGAGGGACGGAAGGGAUUCAGACUCUUCAGUAUCAUCAAGGAGAAGAGGAUCAACUCGAAGGGCACUUGUCAAAUGCAAAUUUUUACCAGAGGGUCUUGCGUAUAUUGAAAGCUGCCUAAGAGGCCGCAUAUUUUCUGGCUGGGUAGACGAACGAAAAUGGGUGGAAAAUCUAGGCAGCUACAGAGAUAUUGUGGAAGUAGAUGAGUGGGAAGUGGACUUCAAUAAACAGCUGAACAUCAUUAUUAGAAAAAUCCCAGGGGUACAGGAAGGUACUAGAUGGAUCAACAUAACUGCACCCACAGCCAUUCAGCUUAGCUACUGCUUGUGGGUGUUGCUUUUCCAGCCACCCAUCCCAGGCCAUUAUUGGUUUGUCAUCACUGGUGUUGCUGUGCAGCCUCUUUUUGGUUUGAAAAUUUCACUCCAAAUUGUAAGGAGUAUUGAUCCACAAGAUUAUGAAACUGCAGAAGCUCGCAGCAAAAGGAGGAGGCAAAUGUCAUCCAGUGAGCUAGGACAUGAGUUAGAGACAAUCAGCCAACAAUUUAUGGAUUGGUGGGAUCAAGUGCGACAGUUAAACUUUGCUCUAGUUUGGUCUGCCAUAACAGCAACAUUCACUAUCAGCAACAUCCUAGAAGCAGUCAGAUUUUGUUUAAUUUUGGUGAUCACUCUGAUAGUUGGUUUGGUAACUUUGCUUAGAGACUCGCAUCAUCUUGUGCUUGCAGUCAUUCAUGAAGCAGGCUUAUUUUUCAGAAACUUGAGACCAUUCCUGCAAUCUGUGGUUAUAUUUGUGGAAAAACUCAUAGGUGCCUUGUACCUGUUAAUAGCCAUGGCAUACAGAGACUGGAAGCAACCUAACACUCGAUCUGCUUCACCUUCACCAGUUACUAAGGACACACUCCAACCUCCUAAGUCAGAUCGCUCUCACCUACCUACAUGUCCUCCUACUGUACCAAGGACUGUGAGAUACGUACCUCCACAACAGUGGGUCUAUAAAAGGCAGACUAGUAAUCCACUGAAUUGAUAGUUCCUUGAGCAUAUUGUAUUCUUAUUUGGAGCACUUUAUUUAUUCACACAGGGAAACCUCUUGAUAUUUUAGGUUUAAUAGUAUCACUGUAUUUACUACAGAAAAAGAAAUAUAUUUUUGGGUAAACUAUAAUCCAACCCAAAGUUGAAUUCAAUGAAAGUGUUCAUCCAAAUUGGUUGUUGCAGUCUUAAAGAAUCUUGUUGUUAUAUAUUAUUUAUGCCCAUAAGAAAAUCUUACAGUUGAUGAAGAGAAAGUUAAAUUCAGUAUGAUUUUUAGUCUAAAUUUUUAAAUCAUAAUAAUUCAAACUGAGCUUUUGCAUUUUAGUUGUUUUGAACAGUUGUAAACCCAAACAAGCAGUAGAGUUGAGACUUUUAUGUUGUCAGGAUGGAAAAAAUGCUUUUUUUGGUGUACUAUACAGUAUUAUACAAAUAUUUCAACUCAUUUCAUUAUAAUGUGGUUAUUAUUAUAAUGUAUAAUUGGAAUAAUAAUAAUAAAUGUCAUAUGCUAUCCAUUGAAGGUUUAUAUGAGAGAAUGAUAAUAAUAUUGUUGGGUGUCUAUAACUUUGAGUUUAUCUACGGCUUGUAUUCAGUGACUAUACUUCAAGUAUUUAGGCAGGAAAACAUACCUGUAUCACAACAAAGUACUUAUGCAGAAGAGAAAAUUAUUUAUUUAUAUAUUUACAAUAAAGUUUGAACAGGUUGAUUAUAAUGUAGCUACUUGCAUAUGUGAUAUAUGACACAUCAUGUGGAUGUGCCUUUUUACCUCACGAUAACUUGUAGUGCUUGUUAUCAGGAGUAGAUAUUUA